AUGUCUGGCCUAGCAGGCGAAUACAAAAAGUUGAAGGAGGACUUCGUGUCCGGCCUCACCGGAGGCCCCGUCAGCGAAAUCACCGCCGUGACGGCCGUGGGCCCGGUUGCCAUCUUUCUUUGGUCUGUACUUCAAGCCCGCCAGUCGUUCUUCAAGCCCUACACGCCCCUCGCUUUCCUCGUCGACUACCUCAUCAAUGUCAUCACCAUCAUCCUCUCGACGACCGUUUACGGCAACCAGCCCAUACUUCUCAGCAUCCUACUCAUCGCCCCAGCCCUCCUCGUAUGGGCGCUCCCGAGCUCCUCGACACCGAAGAAGAAGGCCCUCGUGCCGCCAACCGCCAAAGCCCAAAACACGAGUGCCGGUGGCGCCCUCAGCGCGCUCUCGAUCAAGCCUUUCCUCACGUCCUACCGAGGUUCCAUGAUGAUCAUGACCUGCACCGCCAUCCUCGCCGUAGACUUCCGCCUCUUCCCUCGCAAGUUUGCCAAGGUUGAAACGUGGGGCACCUCUCCUCAUGGACCUUGGCGUCGGAUCUUCGUCUACUCCGCCGGCGUCGUUGCCGCCCGCCCCGUCCUCAAGGAGCGGAUCGCCGGCCGUGAUACGCCCCUAAGCCGCCGGCUCGCCCAGGCCUUGCGCCACUCCCUCCCGCUUCUCGUUCUAGGUGUUGUUCGGACGCUGAGCGUCAAGGGCCUAGACUAUGCCGAACAUGUCACCGAGUACGGUGUUCACUGGAAUUUCUUCUUCACCCUGGCCUUCCUCCCGCCCUUUGUCGCCCUCUUCCAGUCCGCCCUCAAAGUCAUCCCCUCUUACGCCGCUCUCGCCCUCCUCUUGUCCACGUCGUAUCAGCUGGCCCUGGAGAACACCUCGCUCAAGGUCUUCGUCUUGACCGCGCCCCGCACUGACUUCAUCUCCAUGAACCGGGAGGGCAUCUGCAGCUUCUUCGGCUACUUGGCCAUCUUCCUCGCCGGCCAAGACGCCGGGAUCUUCGGCUUCGGCCUUGCCGUCUCCCGCCGCCUCGCGAACCUCCCUUAUGUUCUUUGGGUCGUCGCUUUCAACUCGGCCCAGAUCUUCGUCUGCUGUCUGAUCGAUACCGUCUUCUUCCCUGCCUUCCACAACGCCUCCGAUGCCCGCGCCGAGGCCGAGGCUUAUACCACCGCCACCAGCCGUAUUCUCCGAGCCUUCAACCGAAACGGCCUCGCCGUCUUCCUCCUAGCGAAUUUACUAACCGGCCUCGUUAACAUGACCGUCCCUACUUUGAUGCCACGCCCCUCCAGACCAUGGGUAUCCUUGCGGCCUACACCGGUGUUCUAA